UUGAAAGACGCACAGAGCGAGAGCAAACCAUAGGGAGCGAGUCCAAUCAAGAUCCAAAGAAAGAAGAGGAUGGCAGCAGCAGCUUCGCCGGGCAUGUUGCUCAUUGAGGAGCUCGCCGGGGGCGACCUCUUGCCGGAACGGUACGUGCUGCAGGUGGAGGACCGCCCUACGGUGGUGGGCGCACUGCCGGUGGCACAGAUCCCGGUCAUCGACCUUGGCCUCCUGUCCAAACAGCUGGCAGCUGGCGGCGGCGAGGAGGUGGAGAAGCUCCGAUCGGCGCUGGUGUCCUGGGGCGUGUUCAUGGUGAGUGGCCAUGGCGUGGAUCCCUCUAUGAUGGACGCCACGUGGAAAGCCACGAAAGACUUCUUUGGGCAACCCAUAGAAGAGAAGAAGAAAUACGCCAACCUCGCAGACUGCGAGGAAGGGUACGAGGACUACCACCAAGGGUACGGAACCAAGCAGCUCAAGGCUGAAGGCGAAACCACCCUCGACUGGUCCGAUCGCCUGCUUCUCCUGGUGGAACCGCAGGACGAGCGGAAGCUCGAACUUUGGCCCGAAUCUUUCAAGGACAUCCUGCACGACUACUCCGUGCAGCAGCACCGCGGCCUGCUGGACACCCUCCUUCCGGCGAUGGAGAGGGUCAUGGGCCUCGGCGAUGGCUUCCUGCUCGGACGACUGGGCGGUCCGGCUACCACCUAUUGCAGAAUCAACUACUACAUGCCCUGCCCGAGACCCGACCUCGUGAUUGGCAUCGCAACACACGCCGACGCCACGCUUAUCUCGGUUCUAAUGGUCGACGACACCGUCGGCGGCUUGCAAGUACUCAAAGAUGAUGUCUGGUACGAUGUCCCGGCUUCCACCGACCCCCACGGAUUAUUGAUCUUCGUCGGAGACAUUGCCGAGAUAUUGACCAACGGGCUCCUUAAGAGCCCCGUACACCGCGUCGUCACUAAUCCUCACAAAGACAGAACAUCAGUGGCGAUGUUUUACUUGCCAGAUAUUGACAAGGAAAUAGGACCGGCAGACGAGCUUAUUGGAAAUACCCAGCGGGCACGGUACAAGAAAGUUAAGGUCUGGGAUUACGUCAUUCGCAAUUAUGACCAUAUGGCAAGAGGCAAGAGGACCUUAGACUCAUUGAUGAUAUAAUCACUUUUUAUUUUAAUAUAAAUAACGGCCGGUCUAGCUUCUCCCCCGACUUGAAAUUCCUAUCUGCAAAACAAGAUGCAAUAGGAGGUGAAGUUAGAGAUGAUGACCUAAAGUUGUAUCUCUAUGUAAUUUUACCGUUCAUCUAUGGUUUGUGAUUCGGAUGUGUUUUAUUUCCCCAAUCAAUGAAGUGGUUAUAUGAGUUGUUGUUUUUU